AUGGACUUGAAUGCCUCGCCGGUUCCAGAGGAAGAUGAAGAUAUUUUGGAGGAGAAGAUACAUGUUCAAGAGUAUCAUGCGCCUGAAGAACGCAUAGAAACUGGAGCUGAUAUAGCACGCCGGGAGCGUGAAGAAAGAAAGAGACGGUUGAAGAGAGAACGGCCAGAUGACAGACCUGUUCAUGUGUCACAGUCACCUGGAUAUGAUAAGCUAUUUCCUGCUAAGAACCAUAAAUCAUAUGAUAAAAGUAGGCUUCCUUCAGGAUGGUUGGAUUGUCCUUCAUUUGGCCAGGAAAUUUUUUGCAUGAUACCUUCCAAGGUUCCACUUGGUGAAUCUUUCACUGAUUGCAUUCUUCCGGGUAAAAGAUACUCAUUUAAACAAGUGAUACAUCAGCAGAGAGUUUUAGGGAGAAAACUUGGUCUGGUGAUUGAUUUGACAAAUACCUCUCGCUACUAUCCUGUGUCAGACUUAAAGAAAGAGUGCAUCAAGCAUGUUAAGAUUCAGUGCAGGGGACGCGAUUCUGUACCUGAUAAUUUAGCUGUGAACCAGUUCGUCUAUGAGAUUACAUCCAAUUCUUGUCCUGCAAUAAAAAUAUUUUCUGAAGCUCGUCCUCCUGGUAUCUACAAACCUGAUUACAUUGAUGCAUUGUACACAUUUUAUCAUGAGAAAAAGCCUGAAAUGGUAGUUUGUCCUCCCACUCCUGAGUGGAAGAGGUCUUCAGAAUUUGAUCUCAAUGGUGAAGCUGUUCCAGAUGAUGAUGAUGAUGGAGUACCUGGCCCUGAUUUGCAGGAGAACCAUGAGACAGACACCCGAAUGACAAAUGAUGAUGUCUUAGGAGAUGAGAUACCUUCUGAUCAGCAAGAUGCAUUGCGUCAGUUCUGUUAUCAAACACUUAAAUUGGUUCCCGGGGCUAGGGGACACACACAAUUUCCAGCUGAAACUAUCCGAUAUGGAAGAGACCAGUUGGCAGCAUAUUCAUUUGAUUUGUGCAUUUCUCUCAUUGUUCCCCAUUCCCCUACCUUCCCCUCCUAUUUUAAUUGGUUUUCAAAAGUUGUACACAUGCCUGCUGUUGAGUUAUCUCUGAUAACCACUUGUGAUUGGGCUGGUUUGGGUGAGAAGACCCACCACUACACAUUACUUGAUGGUGAAAUGGUUAUUGAUACAUUGCCAGAUUCACAGAAGCAGGAGAGAAGAUAUCUUAUAUAUGAUAUGAUGGCAAUCAACCAAGUCUCAAUAAUAGAGCGACCCUUUUAUGAAAGAUGGAAGAUGCUUGAGAAGGAAGUGAUUGAACCUAGGAAUCACGAACGGCACCAUAUAUAUCAGAGCAGAAAUCCUUACUAUAGAUAUGAUCUGGAACCAUUCAGGGUGAGGAGGAAAGAUUUCUGGUUGCUCUCUACUGUCACAAAGCUUUUAAAGGAAUUCAUUAAAAGACUCUCACAUGAGGCAGACGGUCUUAUAUUUCAGGGUUGGGAUGAUCCUUAUAUACCACGUACUCAUGAAGGACUAUUGAAGUGGAAAUAUGCUUAUCUGAAUUCGGUUGAUUUUCUUUUUGAGGUUGAUGGUGAUCGUGAGAUGCUUUUUCUUUAUGAACGGGGAAAAAAGAAACUCUUGGAAGGGAAUAGGGUUGAAUUCACAGAUGGUUCAGAUCCCUCAAUUUAUUCAGGAAAGAUCAUUGAAUGUUCUUGGGAUUUUGAUAAACUGGAAUGGAAGUUUAUGCGAAUCAGAACAGAUAAAUCAACUCCUAAUGAAUUCAAUACUUACAGGAAGGUGAUGCGAAGCAUUAGAGACAACAUCACUGAGGAAGAUUUGUUGAAUGAAAUAAGUGAGAUUAUUCGCCUUCCCAUGUAUGCUGACAGGAUAAGAAAUGACAGUAAAGCAACUCAGCAUGCUAGUGUCGCAAGGCGAAGGUGA